UUAGGGUGAGGGCCUGAGGCUGGGAAUGGGGUGGGGCCUGCCAAGCAAAGACAAGAACUUAGCCGGCAAGGUUUCUGGGAGAGUUAGAGCCAGAGGAGCCACAGGAUAGCCACAAUAACCAAGUACCAGGCGUUUCCUUAGGACUCUAUACUUCAGACCUCAACAAGACGGGGGCUUCCACACUGAGGUUUUCGAGACCAGCUCCUGCCCGCCUGCCUGGACGUGCUUAGCAUGCAGCCCACGGGCCUUGAGUGUCCCCGCAUGCUCGGCUGGCAGCCUCUGCUGCUCCUGCUGUUGCUGCUACAGCCGGUAACCUGCGCCCAGACUACGCCAGGCGCCCCCAGCACCCCGACAGCGCUCGGCACCCCCAGUGUCCUUCCCACACCCGGCACUCCCAGCGCCCCGUCUAGACCAGGAGUUCCUAGCGACUCUACUGUGCCUGGCACCGCUGGUGCCCCGACCUCGGAGGGUACCCUCAGCACCCCAAAUCUGCGGGAGCUUGCUCAGGCCCUGAUGCGGGACUUCCCACUAGUGGAUGGCCACAACGACAUGCCCUUGGUCCUGAGGCAGUUUUACCGGAACCGACUACAGGAUGUUAACUUGCACAAUUUCAGCCAUGGCCAGACCAGCCUGGACAGGCUUAGAGACGGUCUUGUGGGUGCACAGUUCUGGUCAGCCUACGUCCCAUGCCAGACCCAGGAACGGGAUGCCCUGCGCCUCACUCUGGAGCAAAUUGACCUCAUCCACCGAAUGUGUGCCUCCUAUUCUGAGCUGGAGCUUGUGACCUCCGUUAAAGCUCUGAACAGUACCCGGAAGUUGGCUUGCCUCAUUGGUGUGGAGGGCGGUCACUCACUGGACAGUAGCCUCUCCGUCUUACGUACCUUCUAUAUGCUGGGUGUGCGCUACUUGACACUCACCCACACCUGCAAUACACCCUGGGCAGAGAGCUCAGCUAAGAGUAUCCACCCCUUCUACAACCAUGUCAGCGGGCUGACCAGCUUUGGUGAGAAGGUGGUGGUGGAAAUGAACCGCCUGGGCAUGAUGGUAGACUUGUCCCAUGUCUCAGACGCUGUGGCACGACGGGCCCUGGAAGUGUCACAGGCACCUGUGAUCUUCUCCCACUCAGCUGCCCGGGGGGUUUGCAAGAAUGCACGGAAUGUUCCUGAUGAUAUCCUGCAGCUUCUGAAGAAGAAUGGUGGCAUCGUGAUGGUGUCCUUGUCCGUGGGGGUGCUGCAGUGCAACCUGUUAGCCAGUGUGUCCACUGUGGCAGAUCAUUUCGACCACAUCAGGGCAGUCAUUGGAUCCAAGUUCAUUGGUAUUGGUGGAGAUUAUGAUGGAGCCAACCGAUUCCCUCAGGGGCUGGAAGACGUGUCCACAUACCCGGUACUGAUAGAGGAGUUGCUGAGUCGGGGCUGGAAUGAAGAAGAGCUCCAGGGUGUCCUUCGAGGAAACCUAUUGCGGGUCUUCAGACAGGUGGAACAGGUACGGGAAGAAAGCAAGGGACAAAGGCCCUUAGAGGAUGAGUUCCCAGAUGAGCAGCUGGGGAGCUCUUGCCGCUCCAUCCUCCCGAGGCUGCAUCAGAAACAAUAUCUGGCUCCAGAACAGAAACUAACUGAGACUCCUGUGCAUUGGAAGCCCAAGUUGUCACCUAAGAAGUCAUUCUCAAAAUCAUCCCCCCACAUGUCCCCAAGCCUCGUGAUUAUUGCUGCCUUCCCAGUCAUCGUUCUGUGGCUCUGGUGACCCAGUUCAUCCUGUUGGAUGUCACUCUGGUGGCUGUGGACACCCCACAAAGUUCCCCCUUUGUGCAGGCACAAAUAUUUCUUGAAAAUAAAUGUUUUAGACUUGA